AUGUGCCUAUUCACCUCAACAACAGCGAGGCAGCGUUACGCAAGGCUGCGGCACUACUUGCACAAGCACACACAGCUAUGGGACGGCGUGGUAGCAACUCUAUUGAUAUGUAUGGCACAGCUUGCCAUAGCCGGCAUCGAUCUGAUGCUGGACAACCAUAGCGUGGACUUUCCCCCUUCGAUAUUGGCAAUGGUCGCCGUCUUCGUCGUCUUGUCCGCUUGCGGGUGUGUUCUGCCCAGACUGGAGGAGUUUUAUCAAAAGCACCUGAGCCGCGCGACCAAUCUUCUCAACCGACACAUGUCCAUCGGCUUCACCAUCCCUUUUGUCAUGAUAUGUCGAGGACCACUUGCUGAUGCCCGUACCGUGGGGCUUGUUAUCGCUUGCUUCGUGGUACAAGAGACACCGAGGACAGGAUUCCGAGGAUGGCUUAGCCGAAACCCGAUAUUGGUCCUGUGUUGGUUCCUGACUUUCACCGUUGGGAUUCCCCUACGAUAUGCGGUGCAUCGUGACGCCCCUCUUGCGACCUUUCUCCUCUUCGCCACUUGGUUCACUAUGCUGGAAGUCCAAAGAGCCGUUAAAAGUGCCGAAGGGUUCGCUCCCUGGAUCCGAAUCACCCUGACCGGUUCUCUCAACGCGGUACUAUGGACUUCCCUCGUCAUGAUGGGUUACAUUUACAUUGACGCUGCGAUUAGUGAUCGAGCCUUGGGCAAGAUGCUGGACACCUUGCAGACUAAGACAACCCUCUCCCACCUCCUUCUUCAUAGUGUCAAUGGCGGGGUCGAUGCCGAGGGAAACAAGCUCAACGUAUCCAUGGCCGCAGGCGAUAUCGCCCAGUCCAUCUUGAAUGCCGGUUUGGUGGCCUGGGGCCUCAAACUGUAUGAGUACCGGCGCCAGUUACUUUCCCGCGCCGGGUUGACCGUUCUCAUAGUUUCCUCCAUUCUCGCCAUCGGUAACGUCGCCUUGGGUCCUCUACUCACUCGCGCCAUUGGCCUCGGCCCCGCCUCCCGCAACAUCGCCUACACUGCUCGCAGCGUCACCAUUGCGAUGGGCGCCCCGGUCAUGAUUACCAUGGGAGGCGAUGCUAGCCUCAACGCGACCAUGGUGGUCAUUAGUGGGAUCAUCUUCCAGAUGGGAUUGGGAUUUGGGCUUGGUAGCUGGUUGGAACGGACGAUUUUCUCGUGCUUCGUCACGCAGCAAGAUGCAACAGUCAAUACCUCACCCGAACAGCCCGAGGAGAAGCCAGAAGCAGAAGCUAAGACUGAACCUAAGGCGAGCCAGGCUGAGCUGCUCACUGUGCCCGUUCGGCGAUCAUUUGACCUCGAGGCCGCUCAACGGACCCGCACGACAGCGCCUGCCAUAGCUUCACCCGCACAAGGCGAGGGGAUGAACGACCCGCAUACGGUAGCGGCUGGUCUGACAAUCGGCAUCAACUCGGCCGCAAUGGGAACUGCAUACUUGUAUGAGGUGGGAAGCGAAGCGGCACCAUACUCGGCUCUGUCGAUGAUGGCCUUGGGAGUCAUGACGGUCGGGUUUGCAAGUAUCAUGCCGUUGGCGGAGUGGGUAGUGGCAAGCGUGGGCGGGACUAUGCCAUGA